UGGCCCUAGGAUUCUAUGAUUCCGUGCCGCAGUAUUAUAUCUUCCCCCCUCCUUUAUCCCUUAACCUCAAGUCUUCCCAGAGAAGGUUGUCCUUCCUUCCUUAACUGUUCAUACACUUUUCGAGUGUACAAGAGUGGCUCCGAAGGUCCAGUGUUGCUCCUUCUUCACGGUGGAGGCCAUUCCGCUCUCUCCUGGGCCGUCUUCACCGCCGCCAUCGUGAACCGUAUCCAAUGCAGGAUCGUAGCUUUGGAUUUAAGAGGACACGGUGAGACCAAAGUGCGGAAUCCUGAAGACCUCUCUGCGGAGACCAUGUCCAAAGAUGUUGGCAACGUGGUCGAAGUUAUGUAUGGCGACCUCUGCCCUCCCAUUAUGCUGAUUGGACACAGCAUGGGAGGGGCCAUUGCUGUCCACACAGCAGCGUCCAACCUGGUGCCAAGCUUGUUGGGCCUCUGUAUGAUCGACGUGGUGGAAGGGACGGCUAUGGAUGCCCUCAACAGCAUGCAGAACUUCCUUCGGAGCCGCCCGAAGACGUUCAAAUCUCUGGAAAACGCCAUCGAAUGGAGUGUGAAGAGUGGGCAGAUCCGAAAUCUCGACUCCGCCAGGGUGUCCAUGUUCGGCCAAGUCAAACAGUGCGAAGAAGCCACGAGCCCCGGCGGCCCCCGAGCCAUCGUGGAAGGGAUUAUAGAAGAGGAAGAAGAAGACGAGGAAGAGGAGGAGGGCGAAAACGGGCAGUCUCUCAACAAGAAGAAGAAAGACGACGACGUGGAGACCAAGAAAGAAGCCACGUACACCUGGCGGAUUGAACUGGCCAAAACGGAGAGAUACUGGGAGGGCUGGUUCAGUGGUCUCUCCAACCUCUUCCUCAAUUGCCCUGUUCCCAAACUGUUGCUUUUGGCAGGUGUUGACAGACUGGAUAAAGAUCUCACUAUUGGCCAAAUGCAAGGGAAAUUCCAGAUCCAGGUUCUCCCACAGUGCGGCCACGCAGUCCACGAGGAUGCUCCGGAGAAAGUAGCGGAAGCCGUGGCAACGUUCCUGAUCCGUCACAGGUUCACAGAGCCCAUUGGCGGAUUUCAAUGUGUUUUUCCUUGUUAAUACCCCAGGCGGGCCCUUCUGCACCUCUUGUAAAUAAACCAACAUCGGACGCACCGUGGCAUGUCCCGUCUCCGUCUCCUUCCCAUUAUCCGCACUGACCCAUCGGCACAAAUCCUGUGGCAGAGAAACCGGGUCUCGGGCACGGCUCGGGUUUUCCGUUCCUCCCGCCAUUUCAUCCUGGCUGAGCCACCCUCCCGUUCCUUCGUCUCUUCCUGAGAUCGUCAAGAAAAUCCUGGCUUGUUUCUUCCUUAACUGCUCCCGGCGGCUAAUCCGGGAUGUCGGGUAAACUCAGGCUUUGGGAAAAAAAAUCUCGGCAAACCUUCCUCGCUUCUUCGCCCACUCCCCGCUCGUGUGUACGUUGCCACUGUUUUCCGACAGCUGAGGUUUUAUUCUCCCACGCAUGAAGGGGGGGGGCGGCCUUCCCCAAACCGGGCGCCAUCCGAAACACCCGGCGCAACAGUUUCCAAAAUUGCAACCCCAGCAUGUCUGAACAGUGCCAGGCUGGGGUAGCCUCACCUGGCGAAUUGUUUUCUCUGUGUCUGCAGUGUUUGGGCACCUUAAGACAGGGGGACUAUAACUCCCAGAAUUCUGGGAGUUAUAGUUCCCCGGUGUCUUUAAAACCGCCGAACACACACGGCAUGAGGAAGCCUGGCACAGCACAACCAGGAAAGGAUGCUGCCCCUGUUGAACAACUGCCUGCUUAAAUCAUUUGCUGAUCCUCCGUCAAACCGGUCCCCUCCCCUUUAGAUCCAGAUGCGGGAAUGCAACCAAUUUUUUCGCAGCCACAAAAGGUUUCCAGAUGUUGCCCCUGGAAUCACUGGCCUUCCCUGGGAGAUCACAGGCCAAACGCCUUCUUCCCUCUCCAAAUCUGUCAACGCUUUUGUUUGGGAACAAGGGAGAGGGGGGGGAAUUGGGGGGGGGGUUGAGGAGAGGCAUGAUUCAGGGGCGGCUGCAGACCCCCCCCUCCCCAAAGCCUCAUUUUUUUCUUUUUCCUGUUCUUCACCUCUGGUGGCCAAACCGUUUUUGGGGAGUGGUGCCUUGAAUUCAAAUAAAGUGGAAAGAAUCUGCAAAGAA